CUCUGCCCUGGCCCUGGCCCCCACCUGUCUACCCUUUCCUCCGCUUUCCCUGGCUCUGCCAGACUCCCUAUCUCCCUGGGCGCCAGCCUCCCAGCCACCCUGGAGGCGGGGCUUGGCUGUACCCUCGUGUGGUGGAGUUAAAUGCUCCUGCCGGCACCAGCAGCUCAGGCAGAGAAGCGGCACCAUGGCUGGCAAGAAAGUCUGCAUUGUAGGCUCUGGCAACUGGGGCUCAGCCAUUGCCAAGAUUGUGGGUGGCAAUGCAGCCCAGCUGUCCCAUUUUGACCCACGGGUGACCAUGUGGGUGUUUGAAGAAGAAGUUGGGGGCAGAAAGCUGACAGAGAUCAUCAACACGCAGCAUGAGAAUGUCAAAUACCUGCCAGGGCAUAAGUUGCCCCCAAAUGUGGUAGCUGUCCCAGAUGUGGUCCAGGCUGCCUCGGAGGCUGACAUCCUGAUCUUUGUGGUGCCCCAUCAGUUCAUCGGCAAGAUCUGUGACCAGCUGAAGGGCCACCUGAAGGCAAAUGCCAUCGGCAUAUCUCUUAUUAAGGGGGUAGACGAGGGCCCCAAUGGGCUGAAGCUCAUCUCUGAAGUGAUUGGGGAGCGCCUUGGUAUCCCCAUGAGUGUGCUGAUGGGGGCCAACAUUGCCAGCGAGGUGGCUGAUGAGAAGUUCUGUGAGACCACUAUUGGCUGCAAAGACCUGGCCCAGGGACAGCUCCUAAAAGACCUGAUGCAGACCUCCAAUUUCCGGAUCACAGUGGUGCAAGAGGUGGACACAGUAGAGAUCUGUGGGGCCUUAAAGAACAUAGUGGCUGUGGGAGCUGGCUUCUGUGAUGGGCUGGGCUUUGGCGACAACACCAAGGCAGCAGUGAUACGGCUGGGGCUCAUGGAGAUGAUCGCCUUUGCCAAGCUCUUCUGCCAUGGCCCUGUGUCCUCUGCCACCUUCCUGGAGAGCUGCGGUGUCGCCGACCUCAUCACUACCUGCUACGGAGGGAGGAACCGAAAGGUGGCCGAGGCCUUCGCCCGCACUGGAAAGUCUAUUGAGCAACUGGAGAAAGAGAUGCUGAAUGGGCAGAAGCUGCAGGGGCCCCAGACAGCCCGGGAGCUACACAGCAUCCUCCAGCACAAGGGCCUGGUAGACAAGUUCCCACUGUUUAUGGCCGUGUACAAGGUGUGCUACGAGGGCCAGCCAGUGGGUGAAUUCAUCCGCUGCCUGCAGAAUCAUCCAGAACACAUGUGAGUGGAGCCAGGGCCCAGGACAGGCAGCUCUUUUUACCCCAUCAGACACAAGGUGAAACUUGCAGCUGGUUGGCCUCCAGGAUCUCCAGGACUCCUCAGCAAUCAGUUGUCUCAGCUUUUCGUUGGAGACCAGAGGCUGUGGCUCAGCUACACACUUGGAGUUUCAAACUGAGAGGGCUGCAGCCUGUUGCUGUAAAUGGAGCUGCCCUGUCUUUCUCCAGAUGUAGUUUUCUCCCUGGCCUAGGGAGGGGCAGAAUCAAGGCCCAGUGCUGCCUGCUCUGGGGCGGGGGAUGGGGGGGGGAGUAGUGGAAGGGACACCAAGGCAAGGGCUGCCAGUCUCUGCCUUGCACAGACCAGAAACUUGUCCCCAACCCUGAUGAAGUGGUUAAAGAAGUAUCUUAGCCAUAGAAAGGAUAAGGCCAGGGCCACCAGGGAGGGAUCUGAGUAUUUCAGCUGACAGCCCCAAGCCCACACAGCAUCAAUGGAUCUCAGCUUUUGGUAACAAAAUACAAAGAUCUUAAGCAACCCCCUCCCUGCUUCUCCUAGCAACAUUUGCAUCAUCAAAAACCUCUGGUUGUCCCUUUUCCUCCUCCCUCAGGCUGCCCUGGCACAAGAGUAGCUUCCUGCUGGCACCUCUGCCCCUGGGGCUUGCUAUUCUCCCCAGGGACUUUCUGGAUCCUAGACCUUUGCCAGCUCCUCCCCACCCGAAGUGACCUUUCCAAAUCUUCCCUUGCCCUGCCUGCCAGCACCCUCUUUGGGGAACAGAAACUUAAUCUGCUGACAGCUACACCUUUUCAUAGCAAGUUCAGCUUGCUGGGUUCAGAUGACCUUUGUGCUUGCCCAGCCCCCCUAUUCAGAGCUCUGACUGGAAGAUGUGUAGAGAGCUGGGCUCUUCCUGCUGUUGUCUGCCCAGAGGCCACCCUGGCCCUACUGCCUCCUCCCUAACCCUGCACCUCUUUCUCAUCUGCCUCUAAGCAACCAGGACAGCUAACCAGCACCUGGCAUCUGGAGGGCUAGGGCUAGAGAGUGCUUGGGAUAGUGGGUGGGCACUGAUAUUCCAAUGCCAGCUCCCUCUCCUUGAAUGAGGGUCUCCUUAUGAGGUACUGAGCAUUAGGACAGCAGGAGCUGGGGAGCUUGAAGAGGAGGAAGAAAAGAACCACCCUGAUCACUGGGGUGAGGGGCAAACAGGAGCCGGGAGAGGAGUGUGCUUUACACUGGCUUUGCUCCAAGACUAGGUGGCAGCAGGGGAAUGUCCCAGGUCAGCAGCCUAGGCCCCUAGCUAUAAAUAGGCCCUGAGAGCAGAGGCUCCUGUGUCCAGCAGGGGUCUGCGCUUCCCUUUCCUGUUUGGCAGGACCUGACACACUGGUGCCCGGAGGCUUUGUGUUAACCCUCUCUCACACCCCAGCAAAUCAGGGUGUCCCUUUUGGCUGCCAUUCAGAAUUUGGUCUGACCAUGAAGGACAGAGCUACCCUGAACAGGCUGCAAGAUGAGGGGCACAGCCGCCUCAGGCCUGCCUGGGUUGGGUCCAGACACUGAGAAUCUACAGCUGCCCUUCCCGGAGGUUAAGGUGGGCCAGAAGCCUUCCAACACCUUUGCCUACUUCUGUUCAAUGCACAAUGAACUGUGAAUCCCAGGUCUUUCGUUGGUCACCUGUCCACCCAAUAAAAGCGUGGCUGUUCCAGUAA